AGUCAGUUGUUAUUUUACGAUAUAUUUCGCAAUAUGUCUUAUAUUUCGCAAUACAUAUUUCCCUUUAGAGAAAAAGAAUUUCUGUCGCAUAUAUUCCAACGGUAGAUUCGAUUUUUAAACAUACACUUUGCGGCUGCGGCUAUGAGUCACGGUAUAGGAAUAAACACUUUCAUGUGUUUACGAUGAUCAUUUAAUUAUAAGGCAGGAUGAGCAUUCGUGACACACCCAUUGUCAACUUGCAAAAAAGGCAAACUUUCCAACCACGAAUGUAUAUUAGAUGAAAUUGAACAAAAAGAGUUCUCUAUCAUUUUGCAAACAGUCGCAUAAAUUUUUAGUUAUUUAUUAGAAGAUUGCUGCGCGAUUUUACGUGGCAAUGCACCAAUCUUUUAUAAUCAAUGUUGAUAUGAAAAUCUAUGUCAUUUGUAAAAUGAUAGUGAAAUUUCGUGUUCAGUUUGAUGAGUUCUACUAACCUAGAACGGGUAUAUCAUGAAUUAUUAGAUACCUUGAGUAUAUUUUAACAUCUCGCGAUACAUUAGAUCAGGAAAUUUAUCAAACUCUAUAUGUUUUCUUGAUUAAACAACUCAAUAGGGAGAUCGAGGUGAAUGCGGGUAAAUGUGAAAAAAUGUGUGAAUUCAGCACUCGAAAUAUCUCGGAGAUUAUCAUUUAGGUGCUUAUCGCGAGUUGGUAAACACGUUUCACACGAAAACAUUCGCGAUAAUGAGAAAUUGAAAGAUACGAUGAACUCGAGAAGAUGUAACGGGAUGACGUGUGUCGUAUCAGUCGACUUUUUCACGCACUACAAUAUAACACGUGGAUUAUCUCAGAGACGUAACAUAAGAACGGAAAGUAUUCAAUUUUCGCGAAAUACUCGCAUUCUGUAAUCGCGAUAUCACGACCACGUUAACCUCGUAAAACGGCCAAGUUCCAUUAUUCAGGAAGAUUCCAAGACCACGGCGAAGGAUCUCGAAUCUCAUGAGGAGGCGACCUUGCCGAAGGAGACCAUCAUCCCGAAGGAGACCGCCGUCCCCAAGGAAACCACCAUCACAACCACCACCAUCACCACCACCACCACCACUACUUCCAGUACCACUUCUAAAGAGACCACCAGCCAUCCCAAGCCCGCCAUAGCAGGCACCAAGAUUCCCAUGAAGCUGGCGCCUCUGAGGAAGGUCGAGAAGCCUAACGGUUCUUCGGUUCGAAAGAGGGAGCGACCCUCGUCCUUCGACAGACUCCAGUCCAGACGAGAGAGCGACUCCAAAUCCGACUUGAUAUCCAUGUCGAGCGAUCGGACUUCCAGGGACUAUACCAACCUGAGAUUCCAGGAUCCGCGGUUCUACGAGUGCCCAAAGCUGCUGGAAACGACGGGCACGUCGACCACGACGACGAGCACGACCACGACUACGACAAGCGCGACGCCCACGAAAAAGGAGCUCGAUCUAAAGGAGGUGCUGAAGAGAUCGGAGUCACUGAGCCCGUGGCACGAGAAGGACUGGGAACAGCUGUCCAGCAAGUUCAGCUCCGAGGAGAACAUCAUCGACAUCGAUAAGCUCAGCGCCAGCACGCUCGCUCGACCGGAGAGGCUGGAGAAGUUCGACAAGGAGAAGCACCCGAGCCAGUUGGGUCAACAGAAGGAGCUGACCCUCAGCGGCGGGGGAUCGAUGUUUCUGAAGAGCAACAGGAGCAGGGACACCACACCCAGCCAGGAUGGUGGUAAACUGGAGGAUUUCCGUGCGUUGACCGUUUCUGAUGAAAGCAACAACGCCAUCAUCGGCGACCGACCCAAGUCUAUCCUGAGGGAGAAGCAAUUGGAAGACGACGACAGACCAUUGGACGAAGAGCGCAAGAGCGUACGUUUCGACUUGGAGAAGGAGAUUGACAUCAAGUUCACGUACUCUGAGUCCGAGGACGACUGGGAGUCCGAGUCGGAUGAUCAAAAUCUCCGGAUAUCGGCAGUGAUAAGCAAUAAAAUCACUGGCUCCAUUCUGUCGCCGUUGAAGCCAAGCCCGCCCAGCCUGGAGGACGACAACAACGACGAUACUAAGAAGGACAACUAUUCCAACGAGAAGGGACAAAAGGACAAGGCAGAGUUGGAAGUUGGCAGACGGCGUUUGUCAUUGGAGAAGAUCGAAACCGUGUCGAAGAACGCAAAGAUAGUCGGCAGACGGUUCCUCGUGCAGAACGUUUCGGAGAACGAGCACCGCAGCCAGAUGACGAGGGACAAUUUGGAGAGAGAUAACAGUCUCGAUUAUCUGCCAAGCAAGUUCGAGAAGGUGAAGAACAUCGACCUAGUGUCGAAGAGCGAGAGCGACAGCGUCGCGAAGAGCAGCGACUCCGAGGAGACGCGCCGCACGAGGUCCAUCGUCGAGAGAGCGAGACGCGCGGCCAACCGUCUGUCAAAUCGACAACUUGAAGACGACGAGUCGUCGGACGUGUCCAAGAUCAAUCAGGAUUACGUGACCGCGAAGAAGGAGCGGUUCGUACGACCCAAACUGGAGUACUCGCGCAGCAUUGACGACAUGAAGAUGAAGAUGAACCGGGAGCACGAGAAGGAGGUCGAGGCUUUCAAGAUUGAGCUCGAGGUAAAGCUACAGGAGAGGAAGAAGGAGCUCGAGGAGAACUUCGUGCAGCAGAAGAUUCUGCUGCAACAGUUCUGGAACCAGAGGCUAGAGGAAGUUAAGCAGGAAAUGACGCAGAAGGAAGAACAGGAGAUUCAAGCGUUGAUUACCGAAAUGGACGAAGCUAGAAUAGAAAAUUUGAAGAAGGUUCGCGCGGAACUGGAAGUCUGUUACGAGAAAGAGCGUCAAGAGAUAUUGUCCAACCUGAAGACGGAACUCGACGAGAGGAAGAGAGAGCUUCUGGAGCUGCGAAAUCAGGAGAUGGGCAAGUUGGAAAACGAGCACGAACGCGACCUCGGCGAGGAGAAACUCGCAAAGCUGAACGAGUACGAGUUGAAGAAACAGCACUCUGAGAAGAUUGAGACGAUGAAGAAGGAACUGGACAAGGAACUGGAAGACUUGCGCAAUGAACUAAGAAUGCAGCAACGGGAAAAGAUCACCAAAUUCACCGAAGAUCACGAGCAGUGCCUAGCCGAAAUCCUCCGCGACUUCAGAAUGGACGAGGCUCUCGCUCGCAAAAUGUACAAGGAGCGAUUGGAGGAGAUUCGCGCGGAUUUCGCGCGGGACGCCGAGAAGGAGACAAGGAAGCAGGCCGAGCGAGCCAUUCAGCAAGAUAGUAUUGACUUUGAGAGGAUGCGCUGCGAGAAAAGACUGCUGCAGGAUAAGUACACGGCGCUCAAGGAAAAAUACAUGAAGCUGAAGAACGACGUUCGCCUCGCGGUCGAGAGGAGAAGCAGAAGGAAGGAGGGUUAUACCACGGCCUCGGAAACCGAGAGAUCGGCAUCUACCCGGACCAGAACGGAGAGGACCGAGUCGUCGGAACAAAACAGUACUCCGCUGAGGAACGCGCGUUCGAGCCCGGUAACAAACGCGAAAUCGCAGGAGGGCCAGUGCGCGAGCGAGCAGGCCGAAGAGCAAAACGAUCCGGACAGCAAUUCGAGGAGUCUGAAGGCGGCGGCGGGGUUUCAGAAACCCGCCGCCUCUUCCACAGCCGCCACCGCCGCCGUCGCCGCUGCCGUCGCCGCCGCCGCCGCCGCCGCUCCUCCCGCCGCCGCCGUCUCAUCCGGCGCUGUUGGCUCGAAGAACGCGGCAAAAUUUGAGUCCGACGACACCACCACCGCCAGUGAGACGAACACCAACAUGAUGAUGAUGAAGAAGAGGAAGAGCUUCACCAAGAAGGCCGCGGCGACCGCAGCUCGCUCGAGCGCGGCCAGCGGCAACAACAACAAUCUGGAGAACCCCGUGGAGAACAUACGGAAGCAGUUGAAGAAGCUGGAGGACCUCGGCGAUCAACUGCCGAGCAACGAAACGGCCUAUACAGUGCGAUAUCCUUUCCAAGAUAAAGCGCCGGCGAACGCCUCUUCGGAGCUAGAGUUCUUCCGUCACCGGAUUCACGUGGAGAGGGACUCGGUGAGGAGGGCUCGCGAGGCGCUCAGACAACAGAGAAGUGCCUUUCAGGGUAGGCAGAGAGCUUGGAAACAGCGAAGCGCGAGGGCCACUUUGGAACAACUGGUGCAGGAAGAGCGCGAACUCUCCGACAUGGAAGUGAGUUUGCAUCGCACCAGGAGCCUACUGGGCGAGAAAGUCAUCCACCUGAAACACUUGGAACAGUCUCUGGAGCGAGUCGCGAACGACAAGCGAAACGAAAACGACGCGUCUUCCACGAAAAACGAUGAACUGACAUUGAGCGACAUGUCUAGCGCCAGCAGCGGCUUCAGCUCGACUGAUUUGGGAACUGACACUUUCGUAGAUAAGCCAGAUCAUUACCAAGAGUCCACCGAAAUCAUCGCGAGCUUAGAAAAUUUGAACUCGGAAAUACGAGAAAUCUGGGAUGUCUUGAAUAAACGCCAGGAUAGCAACAUACCUCCAACACCGGCUCUCAUGUACUCUUAUCUGCGAUGGUUACGGUUUCAUCAUCUCACCGCGCAGCCUAACACCGUACAAGGUGCCUUUGGUACUCCCAACAUACAGCCCAACAUCUUAUCUCAAUUAACCACCGCGCAACCUCCCGCCACCACGACUCAAAAUAUCAUCGCCCAGUACGGCCCUAAUAGCGGCUUUACCACCAGCGUUGGUACGGUCGAGAGAAGCGCCUCGAAUUUAAUGGAAAGGACCAGAAACCUCAGGGAUUGGCUACGCCAAGCUCGCAUUGAAACUACCGACCUGAUUAGUCCGGGUCAAGCGACUCUUUAAAUCCAGGCUGACAUCCGGGGGGGGGGGGAAGCUUCAUCUUUCAAAUUUCUUUUCUUUCGCGAAGUUGAUCUUCAUUCUCUCUGGGAUAACCGUUUGCAUUAUGUAACUAGCUGAAAAGUAGACAGUAUCAAUUUAAUCGGUGAUACUCUUUCUCUAUCUAUCUAUCUAUCUAUCUAUCUAUCUAUCUAUCUAUUUAUCUAUCUAUCUAUCUCUCCUUUUCUCUUAAUUAGGGUAGUAUUUUUAUAGAAUCGUUUAUUGUGCAAUAUAUUGCUCGCGUCGGUUCAUUUCGCGGGAAUUACUAUACUACUAGAAACUCAAUAGAAUUGGAAACGAUUUCUCGAGCUCUCUCUCUUGUUAAAGCUCGUCAGGUCUCUUCGAACUAGUGAUCCUAUCUGAAGCGCUAACGUACAGGAUUUCGAUUUCGCGCUCGCUUCUUGCUCCGAAUCCCGUUUUCUUCUUUGCCUAGUCAACAAUCAAGACUGUCAAGUAUAUCGCGAUAGAUAGUUUACAUAUGGACAAGAACAAAAUUGAAGACGUUGAGGACUACUGAGCUAGAACGGCGCACUUUUAAUCCUUAAGUACCACGGGUAAGAUUUGUCACACUUGCGUGUCAUAUAAUUCCGCAACAAUCUUUCAUGAUCGAACAUUCACUAAAAAAAACAUCUUUUCUGAGCCCAAUAGUGGUUUUGAAUGAACCACAACGAUUUUGGACACGUUUGCGGAGCGCAAAGGACGAAGAAUGAAAUGCACAGCAGACUCGCAGUCAUGCGCUCAGUUUCUCACGACGACACCUACGGAUUAAAUGAUAAUUGAUAACGUUAAUUGAUAACUGGUCGCGCUUUGAUGAGGACCGAGAAUCGACUCGAUCGACAGAUACGAUCGGAUACUCCUCCUCCGCUCAAAUCUUGCGGAUUAACGGUGCGUAAUCGUUUCGUAAUGGUGUCUCAUGAGAUACAGAGCCAUAACACGCGGAAGUAAGUAUGCAAUAAGUAUGAAUGUCACACACGCGCACAUACACACAUACAUAUAUACAUAUUUUAGUUCGAGCGAAGCAACGCGCGUGGUGAGGCUUUUGCUUCCCGGAUGAAUCUUCCGGAGCGAAGUAGCGACGAUUGCGUUGUUAACAAGGUGAAUUUUACAUUCCACGCUAGAAGAGUGACAAUCGAGAAGAGACUCUCUCUCUUUCUCGAGGACUCAUCCCGGAGGUGUUGGCCUCUCGUCUUCCAGCGUGUUUUGAGCUCGACCGGCUCUGCGUACCAGCGUGCGCGCGCGACGACACAUUAAAACACACACAUUGACUUCCUGUUAAUAAUAAACUUCGUACACUACGCUGUUACGUAUAAAGUUUGUAAAUUGAUACAAAAUGGACGCGUGCGCGGACGCCCGCGCUCACGUGUCUACGUGCACGGGAUCUUUAUGUGGAUAUAGGACGCGUUUCUCUUGUAAAUAAAUAUUUCGACAUUGUGUGGGCUCGACACGACACGAUACGACACGCUACUGGCGGCGAUAUAUGUAUAAGCGACGACGUGUUAUAAAACGAUCGGCCCCCUCGUCUUUUCGACAGUCUGUUGAUUCUCUGUAUAUUUUCGAGAUCAAUUUUUCGAUUAGUAUCCGAUAUAACGUUGUAAAAAUAAUAUAUAUAAUAUAUCUACAUUAUAUAUAUAUACACUAAAUAGUCGAUAAAAUUAUUAUAAUCGCGUUUGAGAAGAAUAUAUGGUAUAUCGUCGUACUACACACGAUCGCGCGCGACGCUCUGACCGCCGACUUCUUUUGAGAUUGUUUUUACGGAGCUCGAAUCAAAAGCGCGGGUGUUUCGUCGCGAACGGUAGCGUAUCUCCCGUAGAUCUCCCUCGGUGAUUUGUAUUUUUUAUACCAAAUUUCUCAGGUGUUUGCGUUGUAAGCGCGCGUCGCGCGCGCAAUAGGACGAAACGGCGAGAUAGUAUCAUGCUAGUAAUGUCAUCACUAUUUCGUAGACUAUCGUCGGCGAGAUCGCGAAUGUCGCGCGCGAUUCUGGCAAAACGCCUCUAUAAUUAAACGAUCGUUUUUUCAAAUGCCAAAAGUUUCUCUGAAUUUAGAUGGAACGGCAGGCUCACGUCGCACCGCGUGAGUGUGUCGCGUAAAGUCGCGUGCUAAAGAGUCGAAUGUAUGCCAAACGUUUCACGGUCGAUCGAAUUUCUAACGUCGACUACUCUAAUGUACUGAUUGCGAUCGAUCCUUAGAGAGAGAGAAAGAGAGAGAAAGAGAACAAAGUGACGAUAUAACCCCACGGCGUAUAGAUUGUGUCACAGUAAUCGUGAUCUCAUUAGAUAUAUGCUGUAGAUUAAUCGAAGAUUGCACACUUUGGAAUGUAGAACGUGUAACGCCGACUGGUCGUGUGUUUUCAGCGGGAGGGAUGGGUAGAGCUUAGGAGCAUACCUUAUGUGAUUUUCACGUGCAAUUAAUUAAUUUCAGACUAGGACAAAUUUCACUUCGCUGGAAGAUACGACUACCUACAAGUACAACUUUUACACACUAUCUCGCGUAGUAUUUCAAUUAGAGUGUAGCGCAAUAAUUUGAAUUCGUGACACUUCUCGUAGCAAAUGCAUGAGAGACGCGCGUAUUUUUUUCGAAGACCACAAGUAUGUCAUCGGUAUAUUGCAUGAUAGAUUCCAGUAAUUAAUUUUUCGGAGUGCCAUAUAUACUGUCAAAAGAAAUUAACUAGUGAUAACACUCGACAAGCAUGUCUUAACGUUAAUCAAUUCGCGAAGAGGAAGAUGAAGUAACACGGAUAGACAAUCUAGCAAUGAGGAUUAUAUCCAAUUACGAUUACUAUAUAAAACGCUCGUCUUUUCUUUUUACUUACGUUUAUAACUGUUGCGAAAAAAAGAAAGCUUAAUUUUAUUGAAUGUGAUCGUGUGGGGUGAAGGAUACGUCGAGAGAUAAGGAAUGAUUAUAUUGACGGACUGAAGCAGGGGUUGCAGUGAUAUAUAUUUCAUAUAUUUUUAUAGUUUGAAGGAGACUAAUUUCAAGUAUAGAAGUGCUGGUGAAUAAAACUCUAGAUUCCAAAGUGUCGUGAUUCUUUACAUUAGCACCGUCCUCGUGAAUUGAAUCGUGAAAUAUUUUCCGUGCAUCCACAGGAAACGUCAGUAUUAAUUUAAGGGUUACAGUACGCGUCGUAUGUUCGAGUUUCAUUCUAAUUUACCUUCCACAACAUUGUCCCUUUGUUCAUAUCGCCCUGUGUCGUGCGAGGUAAUUAUUGCGCACUCGCAUGACACGCGUACGAAAUGCGUGCCACGGAAAAUAUCGAAAUAUAUCGAGGGUCUCCUGCACAACGCGACAAUGUAAAUAUACACGAUAAAAUUUGUACAUGUAACAGAUUUGCAACUAAUUGUUACUCAUUAUCGCUAAGUUAUCGUUCGAUUAUCGAGUAUAGUUUACGAUGCGUGUUUCUUUUCAUGUGUAAGAACAUUGUUAAUUUCUAAAGCAGUUUUAGUAUGUAUUCUGUAAAAAGGAGAAAGAAACCAUAUUAUGUCUGAAA